AUGCCUGCCUCUACUGUCGCUGCCGCUGCCGUACCAAAGAAAAAUGUCGUCUUAAUUGAUAAUUACGAUUCAUUCACCUGGAACGUUUAUGAAUACUUGUGUCAAGAAGGUGCAUCAGUUACCGUUUACAGAAAUGAUGAAAUUAGCUUACCAGAAUUGAUCAAACUUGCUCCAGAGAUUUUGAUAAUCUCCCCAGGCCCUGGUCAUCCAAAGACAGAUUCAGGGAUUUCAAGAGAUUGUAUCCGUCAUUUUGCUGGUAAGAUCCCAGUUUUCGGUAUUUGUAUGGGACAACAAUGUAUGAUUGACGUAUUUGGUGGUGAAGUUACAUAUGCUGGUGAAAUUGUUCAUGGGAAAACUUCGCCCAUCACUCAUGAUAACAAAGGUUUCUUUAAGGAUGUCCCACAAGGCGUAGCAAUUACGAGAUACCACUCUUUGGCUGGUACUGAAGAAAGUUUACCCGAUGUCUUAGAAGUUACUGCUACUACAGAAAGCGGAGUUAUAAUGGGGGUUAGACAUAAAGAAUUCACAGUGGAAGGUGUUCAAUUCCAUCCUGAAUCUAUCUUGACUGAAGAAGGUCAUUUAAUGAUUAAAAAUAUUUUGAAUAUUACGGGUGGUACUUGGAAGGAAAAUGAAGAAAAUUUGAAAAGAUUAGGGAAUAUUUCCAAGAAGGAAUCUAUUUUGAAUCAAAUUUAUAAGCAAAGAAUGAUUGAUGUUGAAGAACAAUCUAACAUUCCUGGUUUCACGAAAAAAGAUUUAGAAACCAAUUUCAAAUUAAAUUUAGCUCCAAAAGUCCAAAAUUUCUAUCAAAGAUUAAUAUCUGGUACUACCAAUAAUAAUAAGAAAGCUGCUGUAUUAGCUGAAGUGAAACGUGCCUCUCCAUCUAAAGGUGAUAUCUUCCCUAAUGCGGUUGCUGCAGAACAAGCUUUAAAAUAUGCGCAAGCAGGUGCUUCCGCCAUUUCUGUCUUAACUGAACCUCAUUGGUUUAAAGGUUCUCUUGAGGAUUUAAUUAAUGUAAGAAAAGUCUUGGAUAAAGAAUAUGCUCAAGAUGAAACAAAUAGACCAUGCGUGUUGAGAAAGGAAUUCAUAUUUAGUAAAUAUCAAAUAUUGGAAGCAAGAUUAGCUGGUGCAGACACCGUAUUAUUAAUUGUCAAGAUGCUUUCACAAGAAUUAUUAAAAGAAUUAUAUGAUUAUGCGACUAUAGAAAUGGGUAUAGAACCAUUGGUCGAAGUUAACUCAAAAGAAGAAUUAGAUAUCGCACUAAAGAUAAAUGCUAGAGUUAUUGGUGUUAAUAACAGAGACUUACAUUCAUUUACAGUUGAUUUAAAUACAACAAGUAAUUUAGUUGAUGCUACUCCAAAGGAUACUUUGCUAAUUGCUUUGUCAGGUAUUACUGAAAGUAAAGAUGCUGAUAAAUAUAAAGAAGAAGGCGUUCAUGGGUUUUUAGUCGGAGAGGCAUUAAUGAGAUCUGACGACGUUAAGAAGUUUAUUGAUGCACUUUGUGUCUAA